AUAUUCGCCUUGGUCCUGUGACUAUUCUAGUAGUUAGUUGCCAGACAGUAAUGGUGUUCCCAAUAUUUCUCCGAGCUAUCCCAAUGCUGCGAAGAUACAGCGGAGGCUGUUGAGGUUGUGGAGCAAAAUACGCGCUUUCGCUCGUCGGCUCGCAUCUACUGCUUGAACAUUUGACAACGAAAUUCAACCCUAAGGUCGCCCUUUUGAGGAAUUUUGCUCUAUACAGCCCAUAUCUGUGUUUGAUUUCAUAGCCUACCGAAGUAUCAAGGAGAUAGGCAUAACACCAGAGCAUCAUCCCUGACUAUGACUGUUCUCGUGACGGUCGGGGCGUGCUACAUUGACACAAUAAUAACAGUUGAUCAUUACCCCAGUGAAGAUGAGAAGCUGCGUGCGGCGAGUGUCUCACGACGACUCGGUGGGAACACCGCUAACUCACUGGUCGUCCUUCAGCAGCUACUUGAAUGCAGACCAAGCAUGGGUGUUCAACAAAUUCAUAUGCCCCUUUAUGCUGUGGCAGUGUUGCCUGCAAAAUCCUCGGCUGCCGUAAAGGUGGUUGAGGCCUCCUUGGCUCCGAAGGUUGACCUUCAGCACUGCAUAUACCGUGAGGCGUUCAGCGAGCCUGGGUCCAGCUAUAUCAUUCGGAGUCAGUCUUCUGGCACCAGGACAAUUGUCAACGACAAUCAACUUCCAGAAAUGACCAUCAAUGAGUUUACCCGAAUAGCAGAUAGUCUGCCCGCUGGUCCAAAAUGGUUUCAUUUUGAAGGCCGUAUACCGGAUGUGACUUUGCAGUGUAUACGACAUAUCCGUCAGAAUUUUCCUGCUGACAAGAUCAGUGUGGAGAUUGAAAAGCCAGGUCGUGCAGGUUUGCAAGAGUUAGCUGUCGAAGCAGACGUGGUCUUCUAUUCUAAAAGCUGGGCUCAGGGCCAUGGCUAUCAAUCGCCCGACGAUCUCUUGCAAGCACAAUCAUUAGUAACAUCUAAAUCUUCGAUCUUGUGCUGUACAUGGGGCGAAAAGGGAGCUGUAUGUCUCGACAAGCGCUGCAUGGAGUAUAUUCAUUCGCCCGCAUAUAUGGAUGCGAAAGUUCCAAUUGUUGACACGGUCGGGGCGGGCGACACUUUCAUCGCCGGCAUGCUGUAUGGAUUGAUUUGCCACGAGAGUGACUAUAGCCUUCAGAGAACGAUGGCCUUCUCAAAUCGCCUUGCAGGACGAAAGAUUACUCAAGAAGGCUUUGAAGGGCUGGGGAAGUACAUGGCAGAGCAUCUGUAG